CAAAGGACAAAGCGAUAUAUAUAUAGACGAAAAUGAAGGGAAAUCUGUGGUUAAUUGCUUUGUUUUUAGCUCUCUAUUUGGUGAUUUCAUCUUAUGCAGCUUCAAGUGAGACAUACCAAAUCCGAAAACUUUUGGGUAUAAUAACACGGCCUAGUUCGUCAAGACCGGCAGGCCAGUGUUGUUAGCUAGGCAAAGGCGGCUAGAGAAGGGAGCAUGAUGCUCCCGUUUUAUGGGUCGUACGUAGUGUUUAGACUUUGAUUGGACUGGUACUUAAUUUUAUAACUGUAUACUAUAGUUAGAAUUUAGAAAUAAAGAGGGAAUCAACCACAUUAAAAUAGGUUCUUACUUUAAAUGAGCUAAGAAUAAAAUGUUCUAAUGUUAUAAACUCUACGUUAAUUAGAAAGAAAAUAAAAAUUAAGUCCAUCGCUAAUACUUUUUUAUUUACAUUAAUUUUCCUCUAUCAAAAACCGCUGAUACUAUUUUAAGUAGUAACACCGUUUGUUUAUUUGACAAGAAACAAAAAUGUUGUCGUUUCUUUCAACAACGUACAUAUUUAUUCGCGAGUGGUGAUAUACAACGCUGAUACCAGUAAAAAUUUGUGUAAUCGCUUUGCUGCAUAUCUCUAUACUUAUUUUUUGUUUGGUUGAGCUAAUUAAAUCCCUUAGAAAGUUCGAACUUUCGCCUUUGAUCUCUCUAAUCCCAUAACUAAAAUUAAGGUUAAUGUACGCUUAUGAAAAAGGCACACACUAAUUCGUCGUCUCCAGGUAGGAUCAGACCCAUGGUCACUAUAAACCUCCCAAAAGGUAUCAUGCCAC